AAAAAAAAAUUGUAAUCCAUUUAGGAACAGAUGGAGUAAGAGUGUAAGACAACUCUAAUGAUUUUUUUUAUCUUCCAGAAUAGAGCGAACUCCUUUUAUCCAAACCACAAUCCGAACCAUAAGCUUCAGCAUAACAAUGGCUUCUUCUCUAAUCUCAGCCUCCCACUGCCCUCCGGCGUUCUACUUCUGCUCGAGAACGCAACCACUUAUCCCGUCGCGAGUCUCCGCCGUCCCUUCUCCGUUCACCGGAAAAACGCCAACCCUCAAUCUCAGCUCCUCAAGCGCCAUCUCAUCCCUCGCGCCUGUAAUCAUCCCCCGAUUUCCCUCUCCGCUGCAGAAAACCCCGCGCUGGCUCAUCCUUGUGUGCGCGAAAGGGUACAAGAUGAAGACGCACAAGGCGUCGGCGAAGCGGUUCAGGGUGUCCGGGAGCGGGAAGAUAAUGAGGAGGCGAGCGGGGAAGCAGCAUUUGCUCAGGAAGAAGAAUGCUAGACGGAGAUUGAGACUCUCCAAGAUGGUACAAGUAGAUCGCAGCGACUACAACAAUGUGAUCGGUGCAUUGCCUUAUCUGAAGGUGAAUCGCGCGAAUUAGGGCUUCGACAGCGAUAUGAAUAUUUUCAAUGGUGUACCUCCCAAUGCAGUAAAUGGAUGCAAACUUAUUGUUUUAGAGAUUCAUGUACUUAAAGCAAAUGCCAUUCUGGUUGAAGUUGUGAUGUUCUCAAACAUGAUUUAAAUGAGCUUUGCCUUAUCAUCAUUUUACUUGAAAACAAACUACCUGUCUUCCA